UGGAAAGAGAGGGAGGAAUAUUCAUGAGUUAUCCAAGAACAGGGGUGUGGUUUGGACCCAGAACUGAUGCAAUACUCGUUUUCAUUCCUUAUAUGGGGUUAUCCAGUUGUUGUGGCAAUUGUCAGCUGUCCUGGCGCUGGUGGGUGUGUCAUUUAGCAUGAUAAUUCAUUACAAAGAGCAUAUAAUGAGGCUCAAGGUCUAUUGGAAGUCAAAUCUUCUUGAACCUAGGUGGUUCUAAUCAGUUCUUGUUUUUCUCUUUACAGCUUCCUCCUGAAACUUAGAUAAGAGCAAUUUGUUUCCAUUUGAGGGAGGGGCAGAUGUAUGAUUCUGGAGCAACCUUGGUAAUAGCUGUCUUUUGGCUCCACACCAAAGAAGAGGCGAACCCAGACCAGAUGCUGGCGCUGCCUCAUCACGAGUUGACUGAGACUUUGGUUCCACACCCAAACCCGGAUUCAGCUGCAGAGCUGCUCGCAGGGCCAGAUCAGUUUGCUGUUCCACAUCAGGAUCUGAAUGACAAGCUAACCCAGCAGCAAAAGCUCCCAGCAGCGGCUCCAGUGCUGGACUGGGAACAGAAUCAGGCCUUGGUUCUGCCUUUUCGACGCAAAAGUAAGACUAAAACCAUAGGUCCAGAUCAGGCUGAAGGUCACCAGUUAUUUGAAAUACUUGUUCCUCCUCUAGGUAGUAAGAGCUCAAAACCAACGAAGUUCAUUGAUUCAGCCCCAAACCUGAAGAAGGAUUUCAUUCACCAUCGACAGCUUGCUAAAAUUGUUGUUGGAAGUACAGGCCAAUUAGAAAAUGAAACUCAGGGUCUAGAACAACAGUUGCAGGGUGAUUAUGUAGCUUCCGGUAUGGAUACCAUUUAUCCUGAGGAGAGCCUGCCUACAGAUUUUCUGGGGAACUCAGAGCAACCCCUGGAGCCCCCUAAGGAGGCUGAAAUUUCUGCAUCCCAGCAAGAGGCCCAACUUCGUCAUCCAGAGACCCCCGAGGAGGUUGAAUCUUUUUCACCCCAGGCAGAGGUCCAGGAUGAAACUGCAGAGCCCACUGAAGAGGUAGAAUCACCUCCACUCCAGCAGGAGCCUCCGUCUCAGCCUCUAGAGCUCCCUCAGGCGUUUGAACCUUCCCUACUCCAUCAAGAGGCCCCGACUCAAGCUCUAGGAUACCCCACCGAGUAUGUACUUGAAAGUCCAGUGAGUGAUGAGGCAGCAUCCCUAGCUGGCAUUCAGCAUCACGCGCAUUCAAACGUUCCCAGUGUCACACUUAAACCUCUGGAUUUGGAACUGACCAUCACUCCAGAGCCCACUACGGAAGCUGAGUUUCCUACAGCUCAGCAGGAGUCCCUGACUUCACCUCCUGAGCAUCCUGAGGAGACAGAAUCUUCUGCAACCCAGCAGGAGAGCCCAGGUCAGCCUCUAGAGCCUCUUGCAGAAGCUGAGCCUUCUCCAAGUGAACAGGGGCAACCAACGCAGCCUUCUGAGCUUAGUGAGGAAGCUGAACCCUUUCCAACCCAGCAUGAGACCCCAGCUCAGCCUGCAGAGUCUGUUGGAGAAGCUGAAACUUCUCCAACUCAGGAGGAAGCCUCAGCUCCGUUUCCAGCAGAGACAGAACCUUUUGCAAUGCUGCAGGAGCAACCAGCUCAGCCUCCAGAGCCUUCUCUUUCAGUAUCCACAGGUCUUCCUGAUGUAAACUAUACCCCAAAAAAGAAGCAAGCAGAACAGAAUGCCAUCACGAACAUCAAUGUAUGUGAGCUCUGUACCUGCAAAGAUGAGACGCUGUCCUGCGUGGGUCUCAGCCCCAAGCAGAAGCUCCACAGAGUGCCUGAGCCACAGCCCAACACCUACAAGAGCAUCUUCACCACCGUGUAA